GUUGGUAAUACCAUAAGCACUAUGUUAUUAGGCACGGAAUGAUAAGACUUGUCAAUAAUGUCAUUUUGACGUGAUUUUGACCGAAGUCAUAACCCUACUUCACUCACUGCUUUUACUUAUAGGCCGAAGCGAUAGGUUCAAUCUGGAAUCAUUUUUUGGCGAUUUUUUGAAGUUAGCUUGUUAUUCUCGACUAUAAAUAUAUCGCAACAUCUGCAGGAGAGCGGUAGUGGAUUUAUUUGAAAAAUGAGUGCACCUAAGAGAACAAGUAACUUUAGCAGGGAAGAAGAAUCCCUUUUAAUUAGACUGGUGAAUAAAUAUAAAGAUGUUAUUGAAUGUCGUAAAACGGAUGCAGUAACAAACUCUUCAAAAGCAAAGACAUGGAAUAGAUUGCAAAAGAGUUUAACAGUGGAGCGGUGACCUACAGGGAUAGUAAAACAUUGAAGAAUAAAUAGACAAUAUCAAAAAAAGGUCAAAGAAGAAGUUCUCACAGGAGAAGUGUUCCCUGUUUGCUACAGGAGGAGGUGCCUCAAAAACAGUUCAUUUCACCGAUAUUGAUGAACAAGUCAAAGACAUUUUAGGUGUCCGAAUAGAAGGACACCCUUCACGUAUGAUGAUGACAUGAUUGUCUGUGACAUACCUGAGAAUGCUACAUGCAGGGACUUAAUUAUUGAGGAAUAUGAAAUCACUUCAGAGGAGACACAGGAAGUUCAAAACAGUGAAGUGUCUCAUUUAGAAGGUCCAGAGGCCAGUAGUCAUCAGGCGGAGGAGGGGAGCAAGUUAAAUACAUCCCCUUUGUGCACACUAAAAUCAAGUGCUCUGAGAACUCCAGAAGAUAAAGAAAAUCAAAUAGCGCAUCGUUUAGAAGGUCCAGAAUCCAGUAGACAUCAAACGAGGGACUGGAGCAAAUUAGUACAUCCCUUUUGCGCACACCAAAAUCAAUGA